ACAAACUUCACACUUGAAGUCUAAUAAGUUAUUCAUCUGAAUUUAGAUACCCUAUUAAAUGACUCAUAGUGGCAGUUAGCUUAUCAUUGCAAAUUCAUUUUUAUUUUAUUGAUAGUUCUAAGUAAUGGUUCAGUCAUUUUAUACCAAAUUAUCUUUUAAGACUUUCACUGCUAGCUUCUAUGAUGCAGAGUAACCCAUAGGCAGCAAUGUUUCUUUUCUAAAAUUUAAAUUUUUUAGGCUAUAUAAUUGUCUAAGUAAUAAACUGAACCCCACAUAUAACAUGUGUGUCAUUAUAUUUGUUUCUGUUGGAAAGGUUAUAUCAAGACAAUUUUAUUAAAACUCAGUAAAAAAAACUUUAUCCCAAAAGCAAAUUUAUAAAAAAACAGUCAGAUAUCACACAAGUGUCAUUAGCAACUGGCAAUAAAACGUGUCACACAACACUUUCAGCAGUGAAAGUGUUAUCACUAUGAACCACAAUCAUUGUGCCUAACAUUAAUGGCUUAGGAAUACAUUUGAUCAACUAAAUUAUUUAAAUUCAUGCAUCUUUAUAGUGUGACCUAGAUAUAACAUUUUUUCGGAAUUGAGAAAUUUAAAUGUAUUUAAUCUUUCAGAAACACCCUCACCAAGUCAAACUUCAUUUAAUCUUGGAGGCCUUGGAGGCUUAGGUAAUCUAGGAAGUUUAGGGAGCCUAGGUAAUCUAGGAAGUUUAGGGAGCCUAGGUAAUCUAGGAAGUUUAGGGAGCCUAGGUAAUCUAGGUAGUCUGACUAACCUCAUGAAUCUUGGGACCUCGACUGAUGGUGAUUCAUCUAAUUCAGAUCAGUAUUGGAUCAGUUUAGUUCAAAGGUUGACGAGUGACCCUGAGGUAACUGAGAAUAUGAGACAGCUUAUCACUAGAAAUCCACAAAUGCAGGAACUGAUGGAAAGAAAUCCUGAAAUAACUCACAUGCUCAAUAAUGGGGAAUUGUUAAGACAGACAUUAGCUCUAGCUCGUAACCCUGCCAUGCUUCAAGAAAUAAUGAGGAGCCAUGAUAGAGCCAUGAGCAAUCUAGAAAGCAUUCCUGGUGGAUAUAAUGCUUUACAACGCAUGUACCGUGAUAUUCAGGAACCCAUGUUGAAUGCAACAGAUUCUCUGGUGCAGAAUCCAUUUGCUAGCUUGGCUGAUAGUACCUCAGCUACAAACCCACAGCAAGGCAGAGAGAACACAGAACCUUUACCCAAUCCUUGGUCCGGAGGCAGCAGGCCAACAUCCAAUACUGGCACAGGUAGAAGCAGUACUACUGCCACUACUACACCAGGUGGUGGGACACCAGGCACCACCCCCAGCUCAAAUGCGGCCAAUCCCAUGGCCAGCUUCAUGAACAUUUUAGGAGAGAACCCCAGCAUAUUACAGAAUAUGAUGUCCACUCCACAAGCGCGAACGAUGAUGGAGGCUCUAGCAUCUGAUCCCAAUCUAGCCAAUAGAUUUAUAGCUGAUAACCCAUUGUUGAAUAGCAACCCUGAAAUGCAAGAACAUGUUCGUGCAAUGAUGCCAGAGAUACUCCAGCAGUUACAGAAUCCUGAAACAGCGAGUUUAAUGACUGAUCCACAAGCAAUGAAUGCCCUUUUGCAAAUACAACAGGGACUAGAAACCUUACGACAAACAGCACCUAAUUUAAUUAACACCUUUGUACCCCCGGGCGGUCCAAGAACAACACCUUCAACUGGAACAGGCACUACGGCAACUACCAAUACAACUAGCUCCACAACUACCACCAAUACGACAGGCAGUACAAAUGGUACAAUCACUACAUCUCCAGGACAGCGGCUUGGAGGAAAUCCUGAUGCCUUUGCUGAGUUCUUAUCCCGUGUGAUGGGCAAUGUGGGAAACAUGCCUAGCAUGGGUAGUCUGGGAGGUCUAGGAGGUCUAGGGAAUCUAGGACAACAAGGUGCCUUGCCGCCAGAGCAGCGCUAUCAAACGCAAUUAGAGCAGCUAGCUGCUAUGGGCUUCAGAAACAGAGAACACAAUCUGCAAGCACUGAUAGAGACUUUUGGUGACGUCAACGCUGCAGUAGAAAGAUUAUUGGCACUAGGACAGCUAUCAAUGAGCUAACCUCUAUAAGUCACCCUUUCGUAAUAUUCCCUAUUUUCAUUAAUAAAUUCUCAAUUUAUUUGUUUCUUAAAGUUAUUACAGCGUCGGAUGAAAUUACAGAAAGUUUUAAUGAAAUUCAUUCAUUUAUCAUGAGACCACGCACUUUAUCCUUUGCACUAUUGGAGUAUUUGGUCGUGAACUUUGAUUUUUGUGGAUGUAUCUUAUUUCAACAAUUUUUGUGAAUGUAUCUUAUUUGAACCGAUUGUAAUUGAUGAAGCAUCUGCAAUAGUCGCUGCAAUUUUAUUUGAUGCUGUAAACAAUCUGGUAAUUAUUGUUGUCAGCACUUGAAAAAUUCUUAGCAAUAAUGGUGAAUCAUUGACUUUUAUUAGAUUUUAACAUAAGGGCAACACACAACAAGAUUAUCUACACAAAUUUUUGUUUACUAUGUUUGCUAUUUGGUUGUCAGGGUGUAAGUUUCCAAAAUUUAACCAUUCAUUUGAAAAUGAUAUUUGUAGGUCUUGUUUGCAUAAUAUUGUGCUAAUUAUAUUUAUCUGCACAUUGACAAUUGACAUGUUUUGACAAUCAUUUGAUUGCAAGAUAGUACACUAAAAUUAUUCUGUAAUGCGUAACUGCUUUAGGCAAAAUGUUAGAAUCAACUUUCACAAAUAUAUCUGAAUAAUUUGUAAUUAUUUAUUGAUCUUUCCUCUACAUUUCAUUGAAUGUAAUUAGUGACAUAAUCAAAUACUUUUUGGGUGUGUUGCUCCUUGAAUAUGAAAAUUGCAGUGCAUUUUUAUCAAUAGACAUUCCAAUCAAAGUUUCAUUAUAAAUCAGCAUUUGUCAAGAUGAAAAGCAAAAUUUUUGAAGUGCUGAUUUUAUUGUUAUUUUAUGUUACGUAAUUCUGGAUAUAAAGGUUUAUAUUUAAAAGAUAUUCUAAAAUUUACUGUAUGUUAUAUUCAUUAUAAUUAAUGACGGUGUUAUUUAUAAAUAUAAACGUACC